GGCAGAGGUGUGUAGACAGCAGGGGGGAAACUCACUAAACUUUAUUUUUGUGCUCUCUGAACUUUUCCUCCUUAAGAUGUCUGCAUAAGUUUAGGAAGUGCCCGUAUGACCUCCUUGUGGACUGUAAGGACCCAGAUGAAAACCAUGACUUGCAACGCUCAGAUGAACUAAAAGAUGUGCAACAAGAAACGCCCAAGUCUGCAAGUAACUGAGAUGUCUGAACAGUAUUAAGUCAAGAGGAUCAAUGCUCAUCGGCUUGAGAACCGCGGAAGUGGGGCCUACCAUGGUGACACUAAUCACAGAGAAGCUGCAGAACCAAAGCCUGGAUGACCUGUCAUGUAAAACGUACAAUAUUAAUCUGCGCUCAUCUGAGAAGCUGAACAAUGAAGGCAGCUUGUUCCCUUACGAAAUCAAUGAGGACAGUCGCUGGAAAGUGAUUGACAGGGCUUGCCCCGUCCGGGCUGAACUGAACAAAAAUACGUUUUUCUCGUUCUCUAUGUGCCCCUUCAGCACUGGCAAUCCCGGCAGAUUUAAUCUUCAAUGGCAGAACGAAUCCUCAAAUCAGGCGUUGGUAUCAGGUUGGAUAAACAAACUCAACCUCAAUGACAGCCUUGGCCAGCCACUGGCUCCCCCUACAAAAAGACACUGCAGGUCAUUGUCUGAGCCAGAUGAACUGUCUCGCUGUCGGUCCCCCUGGAAACCUGGCAAUUCCAAAGUCUGGACUCCCGUGUCAAAGAGACGAUGCAACAGCGGUGGCAGUGCCACUUUACAGCGCUGUAACAGUCACUGCAGCGCCACCUUGCAGAGAAGCACAAGCAUCAGCCUGCCUCAGAAUGCCCCGUCUCUAAACAACAAUAUAUUCAUAGUCCCCACCAGUAACACAUCUCCUGUUCCAAGGCCUUCUUCUGCCAGCAGUGGCUUUGUGGAUAGUAGCGAAGGAAGCACAAAUUCGAGUGUACGCUGGAACUCUGGGGGUUCUUGCGACUUCAAUCCGAGGAGGCGUCUUUCUCUGUCUCAGGAGCACAUCACAGAACCAGGAGAUAUAUUGCCUUCUGCAAACAGCACUCCGACCUCAACCCCUGAGCUGAGAAGGCGCCAGGGUUUGCUGAGGUGCCGUUCCCAGCCAUGUGUGUUAAAUGAGAGGAAAACACGACUAAAACGGAGGCGGGACGAAGAUGUUCGGUGGAAUCGGCCUUCUAUAGAUUUCUUUAAAAUGACACGGACUUCUAAAAGCUUGUGCUCAUUGGACUAUGAAGAUGAAGAAGACCCCCACCUGAAGACCAUUGUCUCCUCCCCCUGUGAUUCCAGUGACCAUAUGAAUAUCAUCACUCCUGGCUCAAGCCCCAUCAAGGAGACAACGGACGGAGGAACCUGCCCCCUCAACUGCCCAAGAGAGGCAACCGUGAGCGAAAGUGAGGAAGACCUAAGUGACUGUGAGAGUACCAUAUUUCCUAUAGAUUGCGAGGAGCUGGAUCUGGAUGAAAUAGAGAACAACUGAAUCUCAUCGCCUCUGUAGGAUAAGGCGUCCUCCCUGGUAGAAGAGUGCCUUCUGUUGCCAUUGCUCUCCUUCAUGGAGCUCAGUGGAAAGAGUUGCAGCCUAGUCACCUGUUAAUGAAACGGACAAAGAUAAAGAAUGAGCAUUAAAAAAUUUGUUUCCACCUGGCUGUAUUUGCUACGCGGCCUAGCAUGUGGGGCUACACGUACAAAGCUAAAUAGAUGUGAAUGUACUCAACAGGUUUCCUAUAGAUGCGGGAGAAGGGGAAAUCGUACCGUCAAGUGCUGACAGCGAGUGCCUAAAUAUAUAUUUUUUGCUCAAUAAAUACAUGAGGGGGGGGGGGGGACUACUAUUUUAAGCUAGUUUCAUAAUUAUUUAACCUCACUUUUUGCGGGGUGUGUUUGUCUCAGCGAGUACAAUUUGUUUACUUUUGCGAACGUCGCACAUACUAGGCUGCUAUACGUCAGAGAAAUGACAGCAGGGGAGAUUCAAGGAAACAUUUAUAAAAAAAAAAAAGAAAUAAAAAAUAAUAAAUUAAAAAUUAUAAAAAAAAUAAAUAUGAUAUUUUUUUUGCAUUUCUAUGGCUUUUACAGUUCUGGAAAAAAAAAAAGCAUCUCUAUUUUGAAAGGAAUUUUUCAGAAGGGCAUUCUAUAACUUACAAUCUGUCUGCCGUGAUUCUGGUGCAGGUGUAUGUUCUAUAUUUUAAAAGAAUACAGAAAAAAAAGAAAAAAAAAAGAUAAAAUAGUCAACUAAAGACACGUUAAGUGUUCACACUCGGUCCAAAAUAUCAAAAUUAACCACAGUGUGUGUAUGUAUGUAUAUAUAUAUAUAUAUAUAUAUAUAUAUAUAUAUAUAUAUAUAUACAUAUACAUAUACAUAUAGUUGCAAAAAUACCUGUACAAUUUUUUUUUAUUUUAUAGACAUUUAUCAAAAUGUACUAGUGACCUCAAAGGUUAUUGUGCCCUAAAAUUGUGCUACUUUAAUUGGGUAUUUUUUUUUUCUUACCUUGAAAAAAUGAAGGUAAAGCGAUUUGCAUUAUGUGCAUUUACGAGUGUGAGUAGUUACAUGCCUUGUAGGUCAUUAUUACCUUUUGUUUUUUUCUACUGUUCAAAAAAAGAAGAAUGUAUUGGAGCACUUGAACUUUAGACAGGGACUUUGUAAAGUAACGAUCAAUUCCACAGGAAGAGGUCACCCCUCAGCAAUAGAAGGCAAUUUGUCCUUUAAUAAAGAAAAAACAAAGUGAA